CGACUACUCACCACCAAGCCCCGACCAUUACACUGUCACAUUGCAUUUAUUACAAAGGUAGCAGCUACGCGCAGGAAGCUUGACAACACACACCUGAGCAUCAACCACGACGCCGAAAACGCUCUCUGUACCCGAUUAAAAAUGUCGCCCACCCCUCCCACUCCCCCCAAGGAGGACAGUGUGGAACAACAGUCCGCUCCCUCGCCGGACGCUCAGGAAACACAAAUGCAGGGUGUCGGGUACGAAUUCGAAGUGAAAGAACAGGACCGAUGGCUUCCCAUCGCGAAUGUGGCGCGUAUCAUGAAGAUGGCUUUGCCCGACAAUGCCAAAAUCGCAAAGGAGGCCAAGGAGUGCAUGCAAGAGUGCGUCAGCGAGUUCAUCUCCUUCAUCACUAGCGAAGCUUCCGAGAAGUGUCAACAGGAAAAGCGCAAGACCGUCAAUGGCGAGGACAUUCUCUUUGCCAUGACUUCCUUGGGUUUCGAAAACUAUUCAGAGGCGUUGAAAAUAUACCUCUCCCGCUAUCGUGAGACCCUGCUCGCAAACCAGAACAAUAAGCCAGCCCAAGGGCCCUUCGGUGCGAGCGGAGCCAAUGGCUCUAAUGCGAACGCUGGUCCCAGCGCCGAGGGUGCCGCACAACACGGGAACGUUCUAACUGGAGGCGGUGAAGUGGGAGGCGACGACAGCACUACUUUCGGAUACCAGGUUCAGAAUGGUGACCCCCAAUUCUGA